CGUCUUCCCCAGUCCGCACCCAACCCAAACAAGGAGGAGGAGAAAGCAACUCCACUCCGCCUUCCGCCGCCGCCGCAACACCAUCAAGAAGAUGGCGGCGGACUCGCUGCUGGACAUGUCCCUCGACGACCUCAUCACCAACAAGUACAAGCGCCGCUCCCGUCCAGGUCCAGCGCCCUCUGCCCGCCGCUCCCACUCCCGCGCCGCCACCCGCUCCGCUGCCGCUCCCUAUCACGCCAUCACCUUUCAGGCGCCGCCCACGGCCUACGUCCACCCGACGCCCGCGGCCAACGUCGAGACCGGCACCAAGCUCUACAUCUCCAACCUCGACUACGCCGUCUCCAACGAGGACAUCAAGGAACUCUUCUCUGAGGUUGGCGAUGUCAAGCGUUACUCUAUUAACUAUGACAGGAGUGGAAGAUCCAAGGGAACUGCAGAGGUUGUAUUUUCCAGAAAAUCUGACGCCCUGGCUGCUGUUAAGAGGUACAACAAUGUGCAGCUGGAUGGCAAACCUAUGAAACUUGAGCUCAUUGGUAUAAAUAUUGAGCCACCACCACCUGCUAUUUUUGGUUUCGCUGCACCAGCUGGAUACUUCGAUUUUCCUCCCAAAAGUGCUGAAAUUUUCAGUGGACCUGGCAGGGGUGGAAGAGGAUGGCCUCGGGGCAGGGGUGGAUUUGGUGGGCGUGGUCGGGGUCAUGUGGGUCGUGGGCGAGGGAGGGGAGACCGUGGAAGUCGGAAGAUUUCUGCUGAAGACCUGGAUGCUGACUUGGACAAGUACCAUGCGGAAGGAAUGCAAAUGAGCUAGAUGACCCUCACGCUUUGUUGCCUUGCCUUGAUUGCAUUAGGUAGAGACAGGGGGACAAACUAGUAGGCCUUCCUUGGUCUCCUUGUUAGUAUUUUGUAGGGAUAGAUGCAGACCAACAUAUGUAUACUUUGUUUAGAUGGUGUCAUAAUUUUGAGCAGGGAAUGGCUAAGCUUAACCUGGUAGGUAGAAGCUAGCUCAUAAUAUGUAACACGGAGGGAGCACAACUUUGAACUUUUAUAGCUAGUGUUGAACUUUUAGCUAGUGUGGGACUGUGGGUUGAUGGACACACAAGCAAAGCAAGCAUGCAGCUUGGCAGCCUGGCAAGAGGAUUGAAUUGA